AUGCGUGAGAACCGUGAGCAGCUCGACAUGAACAUGGCAGGCUUAGCAGGCCUCAACGGCGAGGGUGGCCACGACGAUGGGCUUUCUCGAACAGAAUUCGGCAGAUCCAUGAGAGACAAACACUUCCUCUUCGCAAAGGACUAUACAAACCUAAAUCAAGGCUCCUUUGGUGGCUAUCCUCGCCCGGUCCAGAAAGCGCUACGACGCUAUCAAGAAGCCGCCGAGGCGGAACCGGACAAGUUCAUCCGCUACACCUACCCUCACUUGCUGCGAAAGAGCCGAGCUCUGCUCGCAGACAUGCUUCGCUGUCCCGUCGACGAGCUGGUUCUGUGCGCAAACGUCACGACGGCCACAAACACGGUCCUCCAAAACCUGCCGUGGGAGGAAGGUGAUAAGAUCGUCUAUACCUCUGGUGUCUAUGGCGCGCUGGAGAAGACGAUUGACUACAUCGUCGAGUCGACGCCGGCGGAGAGCGUGCGGAUCGAGUUGGAUCUUCCCCAAAGCGACGACAAGAUCGUGGACCUCUUCCGCAGGACGUUGACGGAGGAAAAGCGCAAGUGUGAGCAAGCUGGUGGCAAAGGUGGUCGGGUGAGGUUGGCUGUCUUCGACACGAUCGUCAGCAUGCCUGGUUUGCGGGUGCCGUUUGAGAGGCUCGUGCAGGUGUGUCGACAAGAAGGCGUGCUGAGCCUGGUCGAUGCGGCGCAUGGCGUGGGCCAUAUCCCUCUCAACCUCUCCGAGCUGGACCCGGAUUUCCUCGUCACAAACUGCCACAAGUGGCUUUUCGUGCCCAGGUCAGUCGCGGCUUUCUUCAUCCCCAAAAGGAACCAGCACUUGAUCCGCACGACGCUGCCGACCUCUCAUGGGUUUGUGCCACAAAGGAGCAAUGAGAUAUAUGAUCCGAUGCCCACCUCGGAGGAAAGAAACCCAAUGGUGAAGCAGUUCGAGUACUUUGGAACCAUUGACGGCGCCCCUUACUGCUGCGUUGAGGAAGCCAUUCGUUUUCGCAACGAAGUUUGUGGCGGCGACGAAGCUAUUCGGACGUAUUGCACCUCCCUGGCGAAGAAGGCGGAAGAGAUACUCGUCGAAACCCUGGGGACAGAGACUUUCGACAUCCCGGAGACACAUAGAGUUUUCUUUGCGCAUGUUCGACUGCCAAUCUCCGUUGGGGUGGGAGGUGGAUUCAACGUGCCCCACAGAGACGUGCCAGCCAUCACCCAAUUCAUGAACAAGGAGUUUGUGGAAAGAUACCGGACUUUCUUGUAUGUGCUGUUCUAUCGAGGGGCCUGGUGGGUGCGCCUGUCCGCCACAGUAUAUGUUGAUUUGGAAGAUUGCAAAUAUGCGGCUCGCAUAUUGAAAGACUUGAGUGAAAGGGUUUGUAGACGGGAGUAUCUGGCGACUAGCCCAGCAACCUGA